GUGCGUGCCGGACGCGGUCCGGGCGGCUCCCGCGCCCCCGGCGGCGCGGAGUUCUCCUCUCGUCCCGUCCCCUCCGCUCCGCCGCCGCCCUCGUUCUCUCCGCGACCCCCCUCCCGCCCGCCGGCGGCACGGUGCCCUCCCGCCUCCGUCCCACCGCGGGGAGCCGCCCUAGCCUGGCCGCCCCGCGGGCACCCGGCCUCCGCGGGGGCGGCGGGCGGAGAAGUAAAACCAGGCCCCGGCAGGGACGCGGGGCUGAAGCCGGAGCCGCCGCUGCCAGGGGAAGGAGAUGAUAGGUGGAAAUGAGUCCUGUACUGCAGGACCGAUACCUAUGUCCUACUUAACCUGCCUGACUUACAUUCUGGGAGAAUGGACUGGCGUGGAGCAUAUUGAAGAUUAUCUGAGUUAUGCAGUCUACCUUUCAUGGGUGCUUUUUCCACUCGCAGUAGUUUUACUACUUCCGGGGGUUCUCAUCAUCCUCUUCUACACUUCCAUUCUCCUUCUUCAUAUUUAUAAAAGGAAGAAUGAACUAAAGGAAGCUUAUUCCAAUGAUUUUUGGGGUGGUGCAAAACAGAUGUUGGCUACCCUAUGGGAUGGACAUGGAAGAAUAUGGCAUGGUUAUGAGCUUCAUGGUGCCGAAAAUAUUCCUGAAGGACCAGGGCUUAUUGUGUUCUAUCAUGGAGCUACUCCUGCUGACUGUAUCUAUUUCAUGGCUAGACUUCUUAUACAAAAGAAGAGAUACUGCCACAUAGUAGCUGAUCAUUUCGUCUUUAGAUUACCAGGUUUUAAAAUAUUGCUUGAUGUACAUGGAGUUAUGCAUGGACCAAAAGAAGAAUGUGUCAGUGCUCUGAAGAAGGGCUGUCUGAUAGCCAUUGCCCCAGGUGGAGUUCGGGAAGCACUCUUCAGUGAUGAAAUGUAUACUAUUAUCUGGGGUAAUCGGAAGGGCUUUGCUCAGGUGGCCAUUGAUGCAAAAGUGCCCAUCAUUCCUAUGUUUACACAAAAUGUUCGAGAAGGCGUUAGGACAUUAGGAGGAAUAAAAAUAUUUAGGUCACUAUAUGAACGUAUUAGAUUGCCACUAGUUCCUGUGUACGGUGGGUUUCCAGUCAAGCUUCGUACAUUUAUCGGAGAACCCAUUCCAUAUGAACCAAAUAUAACUGCUGAGGAACUAACUGCAAAGACAAAAGCAGCGCUCCAAGCUCUAAUAGAAAAACAUCAGAAAAUACCAGGAAAUAUAUUUAGGGCUUUAAUGGAACGAUUUCAAACACAAAAGAAGGAAGAUUAAGGUCUUCUGAAUAAACUACUAUUUAGUUAUAGUAAUUUAUUCAUUCUUCUAAUAAUAGGUUUUAAAUACUGUCCUUAUGAUACUGCUGUAUAAUUUAAGAUAUAAGACACUUUCCCUUGCCCUUCCCCCUGUCCAGUAUCAAGCUCAGGAACCCAAACUUCAAAUCAUUCGUAAUGGGGCAAAGCUUAGUCUUUGAUACAUGCAUUCCUACCUUGAAAGCGUUUUUUUCAAAAAUGACACUGCAAGUCUUUAUGUACAUUGUCACUUGUCUUUUUUUUUUUGUGGUUUUUUUUUCUCCCUGCCUAUGGUUGCUUUUUAACCUGAAUGUUAGACCUGCUGUAGAGCUAGAGUCUUACUGUCUUGAUUAUCAUCACUGUAACUAGGUUUUGCAGGCCAGAUUAAUGCCGUACAGCAUUUAUGAAAACUUUCUUUAGGUCGUUACUCUUGUGUUGCUGGAAAACAGUCAACCUUUUGUGGCUUGCAGAACCUCUAGCUAUGCCUGCAAAACCUAUGGUGGAAAGUGGUUAGUUUUACUGGGUGAGCUCAAAAAGAGUUUGGAGGAGUGAAAAUUGAUUAGAGAACUGCAGUGAACCAAGGAAGUUUGUUACGGAAACUACUCUGAUGCUGUGAAUGAGAACCCUAUGGCACAGCUGCUAUUCCAUGCCGAGCCAUAUUGGAUAUCUGCCCUUGAGUAGAGAGUUGUUGCGUAUACUUCUCAAUGAAUCUGCAAAAUCUCCUUUGAAAGAAUGAGCCAAGCAUUUAAACUUUAAGAAGUGGAAAUGAGAGUACUGUUUAGUAACAUGAGCUCAUAAAUCUUUAUUUUGAAGGAAAGAAAAUAUUAGUACAACACUUCUUUUAAAAGUAGUAGUUCUUUUGAAAAACAGGGUAGACAUUCCCAAAUAUCCUUUAAAUCUAGUGUAUUUGUAAACUGUUAAACAUCCAUAUUCUUCACAGUUAUUUACGUAAGUUAUUAAAUCAGGCUUGGGACGGAAAUCGUAUACACUUUCCUUAAGUGAAAACAAUUGAAUGAACAGGAAAUAGUUGCAGGAUUGGGCUUUUGUGCGCUUACAGUAAAUUAUUAUAUUUUUUCUGAACUAAAGCCUACGCUUUUAUUGUCCAAAUAGGAAAUAUCUGAAAUAUUUCUUCUGAUUCCCAGCAAGUUUAAGCUACAGUUCUUAAAUUAGCAUCUGGGAACUCCUUAGUUUUGGGAUAGAGGACAAAUUCCUCAAGGAAAGACAAAAGAGGGUUUUGCUAUAUUAUGUGGUUUCCUUUCAGUAUUGUUGGGGUUUGACCUUUUCUUAAAAAAAAAACCAAAACAACAAACAACAAAACCAAAAAACAAACCCCAACUUUUGAAAGAGCAAUUGAAUUCAAUUUGGUAUCCAUUCCUCCCACCAUUUAAGCACAUGCUUUGCUUUAUACUCUCAUAAAUGUGUAAAUUAGUGAGAUUACAUAAAUGCAUGUGGAUGAUGCCCUAUGUUAGAAAAAUAUCACUUUAUGGGAAAGUCUAUAAACUAUGGUUUACAAAAAGCAAAAAGCUUACUGAUUUUACGAUGUUAUUUUACAUCAAAAGCAUUUUAUGUGGUGUUGAAUUAAAUUUUUUAAAGUUUGGGGAAGAAUCACAUUAUGUAAAAGCAAAUGCCCAUUCUGAAGUUUUUUAAAUGACUUGGGUUUUAUUUGAAGGCAAGAUUGUGUUCUUUUUAAUUUAUCGGAAUGUUUUUAAAAAAAUAUUAUGUUAACACAGUAUGUCAUUAAAAGUGAUAAUGCAAAUUCCUACAUUGGAGUAUAACUUAAGUAUGACUUUGUUUUUACUGUCCAUCUUGACGAAAAUGUAAUCAGUCUAUAUUGUGAAAUUCUGAAAGGCAGCUGCACGUAUUUCGUGUUGAGGUUGCGUAUAUGUAAAAGAAAACUCAGUCUAAAAGGUUCUGUUAGGCAGGAACAGACAUUUGUGAACUGAGAUUUUGUAAAAUUUAUUUUACUAAAUAUGUGGGCUGUUUGAUGCAGUUUUGUCCCUUUAAGUAUUGAAAGAUGAGUAUAAAAAAUGAAGGGCAGUAUUGGUACUCUUUAAGUGUUCAUAUUUGUAUAGGCCUUUCAUAUUUAUUUCUAUAUAUAACAAAUGUAUAAAGACACCUUUCGAAUAAAAUUGAGAACUGGAACAGG